CACACCACAACCAAGAUGAACACGGUCGUGUCUACAAAGUUGGUACGCAAGUGUUUGUUUGGCGCCGUGGACCGCGACCAGGUGGACCGAGACUUGGAACGGAAUCUCCAGCAGUUUAGCCAAGACGACACCCAGCGCUGGAACUUCAAUUUCAAGACGGAAACCCCGCUGCCCGGCAGGUUGCAGUGGGAGAAAAAUCCCGUGGAGCGCAUCGCUGCCUUUUACCACGAGUCCUCCAGGGGCCAGAAAACUUGGUGCACCCCUAAGGCGUAUGAGGAGUCGGACACUGAAGACUGCCCAGGUCAAAUGUGUCCUCCUGAAGUCACCCCUGGACCAAAGAAGCGGACACUCCCAAAGUCUUCAGUCAAGACCACAGACAAUGAAACUACAGAUCUGUCUGUUCCAGCAAAGCAACGUUGCACUAAAAUGGUACAAAUCCACAUCUGAAGAUGAACAUUCAGUCUAACUGUUGCACUUAAAGU